AUGUUGAUUCUCAAAAAGGCUUUGCAGGUGGCCAGCAUUGCACCGCUUACCUUCUCCUUGGUAGGCGCCUGGUAUUGCGCCCCAGCAGGUCCUGUUCUUCCGGCUGCCAAGUCUCCCAGCACCAGCCCACACAUCAAGGAGGCCAUAACUGACCUCUUCGCCGCGCUGAAACUGGUGUCAGAGACCUGGUACCCUAACACGGCCAUCUCGGUAGCGGCAAAGUCUCUCCAUGAGGAUACUCCAUUCGUUUCCCACCAUAUUUACCCCAUUGGUGGUUUGAACUCCAGUGGUGUUUCGUCCAUCGACGAGGAAACAGUGUAUCGAGUAUCCAGUGUCUCGAAGCUGUUCCCUAUUCUGGCCCUGCUCCGCCUUGGAGUCAGCCUUGAAGACCCUGUUGUCAAGUAUCUUCCCGAACUGCGGUCCAUCAGAGUCGAUGAGGUUUCCAGUCCCAUCACCACUGUCGAUUGGGAUGCCAUCACGAUUGGACAACUGGCGACUCAUAUGAGUGGUAUCGCCGCUGAGUACGCUGUUGAUCUCGCCGCAUUUCCUUUCGACCUUGGUCCGGCUUUUCAGCCACUCAGUGGGCAGUCGGCACCGUCCUGUGCUGUUACAGGGUUGAGUCAUGAAACACUGCCAAGAUGCACGCGAGCAGACUUCUUCCGCGACUUUGGUGUCCGUCAUCCUGUUUUUGCUCCCAACACUGCACCCGUCUACUCCAACAUCGGCAUCUUCUUGCUAAGUCUCGUGGUUGAGGUGGUCUCCAAACAGCCGUACGACACCUUUAUCGAACAAAACAUCUUUGGCCCUCUUGGUAUGACAAACACCUCCACUGGCGCAACACCCAAGACCUCUUACGGAGCAAUUGCUGUAAACCAUACUGCCUGGGACCUGGAUCUGGGAUUCGAAAACCCAGCCGGCGGAUUCUACAGCAACACUAAGGAUCUGCUGAAGUUUGGAAACGCCAUCUUAGACAACACACUCCUGGACCCCGUGAAGACACGAAAAUAUCUCAGUCCGGCUGCGUUUACAGACUCCAGCGGUGUCAUGGUGGGAUAUUCCUGGGAGAUCAUGCGCGCCAAGAACAUCACGGGUGAUGGGAGAAUCAUCCCUGCCAAUUACAAGUCCGGGCAUCUCCCUGGGUAUCAGGCCGCCCUGAUUCUUGUUCCAGACUUCGACCUCGUCUUGACCGUCUUGGUGGCAGGUCCUCUCCAUGAAGCGACCGAGAGUCUCCUGCAACAUUUUGGUUCGCGAUUCAUCGAGCGCAUGGUUCCCCCGCUGGAGCAAGCUGCAAAGGAUGAGGCCCGUAUCAAGUACGCUGGCCAGUACUCUGACCCCGCCACCAACUCCAAGUUGGUUGUCGAACUUGACGAGGGCCCCGGUCUCUCUAUUACCGAGUUCACCGUCCGAGGAACAAGCCAGUUGGUUGAUAUGUUCGGAAAGCCAGCACGCAUUCGCCUCUACCCCUCCAACCUCAAGACCAAUACGCAGGAGGCAUGGCGAUCCGUGACGAGCACUCUGACAGACGAAGAGGUCGAGACUAUCGAGUCUGGCUUGAUUUGGGAGCAAGGUACCUGCCCAACCCUCGGAACGUUGGACAGGAGAGGAUAUGGGUACAAGGCGCUUGACGAGUUCAUCUUUGAGCUGGAUGGUUCUGGAAUCAUCAAGGGUCUCAACUAUCGAGCACUGGAUGUCAAUUUUCAGAAGAGCGGCACUCCACACAAGGAUGUAGCCAAGGAGUCUACGGAGGAUCUGACGCUGUUGUUGAAGGCGCUGCUGGCAAAGCUUGAGGCUCGCUAA